AGCCGCAAACGCUCGUGUGCCACGACCCAUAUUCACUGUUAUUGUUUGUUUACAAGGGCGAUUUUCGCUCGGAAUUACCUCUACUAAAGAAUCCAGUGUUUAGUAAAUAAAUAAAGUGUUUUGGAUUUUUUUAAUAUGAAUAAUAACAUAUUUGUAAUAUUCAUUAUAUCAACAAAUAAUAAUGCCCAAGGUGUGAUUAAUGAAGUGUAGAAAAUCACCGAUAAGAAUAUUGAUAAGUGCUUAAGUUUUUGUUUUAUCGCAAUUGUACUGCAGUGCAAAAGACGCAGUUCUUAUUCGUUUAAACCAUUGUUUAUUCGAAGGACAUUCUAACAUUUCUAACACCAUUCAUUUGGUGUGAAAGCGUUUGUUGACAAACACAAUCGUAGGAAUGCGUAAACGCUCAGAAACCGCAGUUCCUCGGACAUAACAAUACCUGUUUACUCGAUGACUCAAAUCAUGGGUUCCCAGUCCAUAAGCGCAACGCCUGACAAUAGCGACGACGAGAGCGGCGAAGCCUUCACCGAUGCAGACUUCGGCGACUCUGACGAUGAAAUCAACGUAGAGUUAGAUGUAGUAGAACCUAGCAAUGAUUCCAAACUUAACGAAACGGUAAAUUCUGAGCUGGUAGACAUGGAGAUCGCCCACGGCGCCCGCAACGGCUUUGACGAUGCUAAAGUUAACGGGCUUAAGAACGGAGACGCGGAAUGUGACGGGAUGCCCAGCGCGCGGCGGGACUCGCAUGGCGACCAGAAUCCCUCCAUCGUUGGCAUUCUCGGCGGCCAGCAGGAUCAUGCGGAGCAACGGCUAGCGGCGCGGCGGGCGGCGCGGGCGGAGGCGCGCGAGAUCCGCAUGCGCGAGUUGGAGCGCCAGCAGCGGGAGCAGGAGGACCAUGCUGACAAGGCCUACGACAUGUAUGCCGAAACGGUGGGGCGGCGCACGGGCACCCGGCUGACGGGGCUCAGCCCCGCGGCGCUGCACUCGCCGCGGCGGAGCUCCGAGGACUCGGCCGAUGACACCUUCAACGUCAAGGACCUUAGGGGGGAGUUGAAAGAGGUAGAAGAAAAGUUCCGCAAGGCGAUGAUCUUAAACGCGCAGCUUGACAACGACAAAGCGGCGCUCGGCUACCAGCUCGAAUUACUAAAAGACCGCAUCGAGGAGUUACAUGAGGAAUACGCACAACUGCAGCGGGAGCACAAAGAGAAAUGCUCGGCCCACGAGCGUCUAAAACGCGAGCACGUGUCCCUGGAGCGCGAGCUGGGCGCGGCGCGCGGCGCGGUGCGCGCGCGCGAGCUGGCGGCCGCCGCCGCGGGGUUCGCCUUCGUGGACGCCGCGCCGGCGCCGGCCACCAACGGGGAGGACAAGCCGGACUCCACGCUGCCGCCGCUGGCGCUAGUGAGCCACCAGAACGAGAAGCUGCUCAACGACGCCGGCGAGGGAACGCUAGAUGUCCGGUUGCAAAAGCUGCUCAGCUCGAAGCAGUCUCUGGAGAGUGAAGUGAGGCGUCUCAAACUGCAGCUCAACGAGGAGCGCCACAACGGCGUCGCGCGCGCUCACGACCAGGACCUCGAAUCCGAAUUGGAGGCCCUCCGCAAGUCAAACGCGGAAGCGAAAGCGCGAGCGGCGCGCGCCGAGGCCGAGGCGGCGCUGCAGGCCGCCGCCGCCGCCCGCCUCGGGGCUCAACUACAGCGGCUCAAGGCGCAGGCCGAUGCCAGGGAUGACGCGGAAGAACAACUCAAGCAGGAGCGCCGCAAGCUACAGAGGGAGGCCCGCGAAGCGCUAAACCGGGUAGAAGAGUUGGAGACGGAGAACAGCCACCUCACCAAGCGGCUCGACAAGCUCAAGAACGCCAAGUCCGCGCUGCUCAAGGAGCUGUGACCCGGUCCAAUACCGACCUUAACCUGAACACAUACGGUCCACUUUACAAUGGAGUUCAGCCGCGGCUUCGCCCGAGCCUGUGUCUUCGAAUAUGAACCUUGCUGCGGCCGCGGAAAGUCUAAAUUACAAUAAAACAAGCUGGAAUUAUGACUUAAGUCCGGCACUGUGCAAUGUAUCAAUACCAAUCUUAACCCAACGACGUAAAGUAUAAAUUAUAAUGAACUCGUGCCCGUGCCGCAAAUUCUAAACUUGAAACAAUCAAUCGUAUGGUCUUGCGUCUCUGUGCUCAGGUAACAUGAAUCCAACCUUAAUACCUGGAUGCAAGGUCUAUAUUUAAGUAAUCGUAUACUUCGAACUGCGUUAAAGUAAUAUAAACCGUGAUGCAUACAGUUAAGUAAGGUAUAAAAUUACAUGAAACAAUAGAAUAUACUCUUCAGCUGGUCUUAUUUAUCAGCUUCAAGUAGACGCAUAUGUACUGAUGAAAAUGCAUUUUUACUCAAUAGCCUUUCGAUGAUGCGGCAUUUGUAAACGUUUAUUUAUAUUUGUGUCGACAUUUAGUUAAAGAUCCCACUUUGUCGCUUACCAUAAGGACUAGAUUUGCUUGUAUCUUUAUACGUAUAACGCGCGCUAUGUCAAAGCGUCCUUAUGGCUAGCGACGAAGUGGGAUUUUUCGCUUGGAAACGAAACGACACAUUUAUUAUUUACAUACAAAACAUUCUAAUACUGUUCAAUACUGAAAAUUUUGGGAGAAAACAGUAUAAUAGAAAUUUUCUGUAGUGCAACAAUGGUUAUUAAACUUUGUAGUGCGGUUUUAGUAUUUUUUUUAUCUGCAAAAUUGAAUCUAUCAGAAAUACUAUGACAUAUCAAGUGUCGUAGCUUAUAACCUAUUCUUACUAUAAAAUAUCGGCACAGAAUUUCGGGCACCCGUAUCUUAUACCAAUCAAUAUAAUAGCCAUGUAAUAUAGUGUAGGUAGACGUUGAAUCUUUAGCGAGAUGGCACUGACAUUACCAGAACCAUCAUUAGAUAUAAAUAAACCAUUUAGUACCCGACAUCCAAAGCACGUACGUAAUCUCAUUAAGGCAAGACACUCAAAUAGAUUAAAAGUAAGUACUUUUGCCAUGUUUGUAUGUGUUGCGUCUAUAAGAUUACUCUAGAUUCCGAUUUCGAAAGCUGGCACGAAUAGAAUGAACGAAACUUUCAUUGUAUGGGUAACACCUCUGUAUGGGUAUACAGUCAGAACCACAAUUUUAUUGGUUAAUGUGAUAACACAUAGAUAAUAUCAUUCACUCAUUCAUUCCAUCCGUGCCAGCUCUUGUGAAUCGACCUGUAGGCGUUGGUGCUCUAGUUGAGUUGAGGGGCGUGCAGUAGAAGAUGGUUUUAUCUCUAAGUUGGUUUUGGAAAUGAAAGUCCGUAUGAACAAGCCGUGACAUGUUACACACCCAAAUAAUUUGGUUGUGUUAAGAAACAUUUAACAAUUCUAAUUUGUAAAUUGCUUGAUAAAUGUUAAUUUUUGUAAAAAUAAUCAUGUGUAUAAUUAAUAAUUUGUUUUAAUGAUAAUUAUUUAUUCCUAAUGCAUUGAAUUAUGUUCGUAUUUUUCUGUAUAUUUUCUAUUUUAUUUUAGAAUAAUGAUAGCUUGCCGAUAUUUCGCUUCGCGUAACUAAUACUAAAAUUUAUUUUAUUACUUGCCAUUCGGUAUCACAAAUUUGUUUUAUUUUGCAAUAAAAUGGGUAAUUUAAGAGUUAGAAUGAAAGAGUGGGAAGGUCACAUAGUUAAUAAAGGGGGUAAGAGAUACCCAAUCUGAAAAAUGGGACACGUACAUGCGUUUACUUAUUGGGAUUAUAUAGUUUGGCUAGCCACUACUUCGAUCACAGUUGGAACAAAGCUGGGGCCCAUUUCUCGAACGAUAUUAGUCUAAUAUUAUUAGUGUGUUGUCACGACAACCCAUACGAUUUUACAUUUCGUGUACAAAUAGUAUUAGUCUAAUAUCGUUCGAGAAAUGGGCCCCUGGUAUUAGGAUAAGACAGUAUGAUUAUGAUUCCCUAGCUGAUUCUUCAGAGAUACAAAUGGGGCAUUCCAGACGGGUACAUGACGCAUUUUUUUAACACUUCUGAUAAAGUUAUGAAGCCGAUAUGUGGCAUGAUAACUUGGCUUUAAAUUCUUACGUCAUAUAAUACAGAUUUCUGCUGGUUAGGUACUGCAGUGCCACUGACGCGUCACGUCUCCGACAAAGUAGACCUUUUUUGUGGAAUGCCCCAAAUGGCUGGCUAAACUAUAAUCAGUCAGUAAGUUCUAAAUUGUAAAAUGUAAACUAGCUGCAUAUGGAUAGGAAACGGAUCCUUGUUUGACAUAAUUAUUGAAAGUCAUAAUGUAAUGAUUGUCAGAUUAUCGUUAGUCAUAAAUGUCAUAAUUCUAAAACCGUUAACUUUUCAGGAUUUUCGUAAGGUUAUCCUAAUAGAUAGGUUAGGUUAUGUCAGGUUUGUUUUAUGGCAAUCCUGAAAAGUUACGCGUUACUGAGAAAAAACAAAUUAUGACUAACGAAAAUGCGGACAACUUCAUGGGAAACAGUAGAGACCCGGAUAGGGAACUGUCAUGUGCCGAUCCCCGAUAUUAAUUCUGUGAUAUUAAUUGGUUGAUUAUGAAUGUAUAAAACGAUUGCUCAAACGGUGUCCCACGUGAUGUGAUAGCAGAUUGAAUUGAAACGUCCACCGAGCGCGGCUCGCGGUUAUGAGAUUACAUACAUAUUGGAAAGUUACCAAACCCUACUCUUACUAAUUUACCGAGAUUACUGAAUAAUAAAGACUAUUAAUCAUCUAUAACUUAGUUUUCCUGAGAAAUAACAAAUUAUAAAGCCCCAUUUAGAUGGUUCUAGAAUUUGCAUGCAAUUUUCGUUGCUAUAUUUGGAUGGUCGUCGAAUCGUCCGUCGGCGUGAAAUCUUGUCAGCAAUGUAUCGAAUAUUACAUGCAAUUUCUUGAACCGUCUUAAGGGGCUUUUUGUGUCAAAUUGUAGAGAUGGCCUAAAUCUAAAACUUAAACAUGCCAUUGACACUUCCCGCCAAUAAGCAUGCAGGUACUGCCGCCUACAGUUAUUUUACAAAAUAUAAAAUGUUUACAUAUACAGAGAUUAACAGUUUUUAUUAUUUCCUCGUCUCAACUAAUGUCAUGAAUGAAUUUAAUAUAUAACGAGAUGAAUGUUCGCGGAUGUUCUAUAUAUAUGUUGAUGGGUAGAGCAAUGUGGGCGAUUAUGGACCUUGUAGGUACAUGUAAUAUAGUUGUAAUUCGAUAGUCAUGCUCACGUAACUUAACCGUGCCAUCGAGCACCAAAUUAAUGUAUUAGAAUACAAUUUAAUGUGGUAGUUCUCCGUAGUAACCAAUUCAUUCAUGUUGCGGUUAGGCCGCGUACACACUGUAGUUUAUUCAAUAAUAUUAAUGAUUCGUUGAAGUACGAUGUGUAAAAUUGGUGCUUCGAAUUUUGACAACAGAUGUAGAUGGCGCUGUACGACUCGGCACAUUAUGCGGUAACUCUGGUUGUUAAAAGUUGACCUUUUACCAGUGACCACAAAACAUGGCGCCGUACAGCGCCAUCUUCUUCAGCUGUCAAACUCGAGGGCACGAUUUUUUCUUAGAGCUUACUCCUCUUCUAAAUACGAGUAAAAUGCAGUGUGCUCGCGGUUUUAGUGAUAUGCUUGUCAGAUGUUUUUAUAUAUGGUUGAAUGGUUCGAAUGAAGUAUAAUGACGGGUCGUUUCGGCCCCGUAGAGGUAGACUUUUAUACGCCACAAAUAUAACUGCGCCUGCAUUUAGAGACUAGUGCAUUUGCAAGGUGUACAUCAGGAGUUCUCAACCAAAACCAAACUCCCCGUAGAUUUUCCUUGAUUUUGCAACAUUCAAAGGAGGCUUGGCAUAAAAGGUUGGGGACCCCUGGUGCAAAGUAUUUAACCGUUAUGAAGUCUUGUAUUAAGCGCUGGAUUCGCAAUUAUUUUUUCUAUCCAUCCUUUUAACCGAUUUUGUUCUUUAAAUGUUGUCUGCUAGAGCUGUAAACGAUAAUGAAACUUAAUUUAAUGCAGUUAAAGUUGCAUUUCGAGUGACCUGGGCACGCCUAAGGCAGUCGUUGAAAUUGAGACUGUAACUUCGUAACGUUAAGGUUAAUUAUUGUUUGUAUUGAAAAUGAGCAUGCAAUAUUACAGGAAUAAAUCACCCUCACUAAGUUGUAAGUAGGAAUAUCAGUUGUACGACCCCACAUCGACGCGAAACUAUUAAAAUUUAAUUAUAAUCACUAAUAAAUGGUUAGUUACGCGUCGGUGUGAGGCCUAGUGAACGAUGUAUGUAUUUUGAUGCUGCAUUACUAAUUUAUUUUGUUUUAACUAGGACUGACAUGAAGCGAGACUUGACUUAAUAAUGUAUAAAUUUGGAUACUUUGAAUAAACUUCGCUCUGA